CGCCAAGACAGUUCAUCGAUAAGCGAGCUCGUCCGGCCGGCAGCUGACCACGGCCGGCCCACCGAGGAAGGUGAAGGCAGGGCCGCGUGCGAGCUUCCUGCAGGCGAAGUCGGCCCGCACGCCUCCUCGCCAGGACGGCGUUGCACGCUAAGUUUCAUCAUGACUCUGCUAUUGGUGAUGACUUUACUCAGCAACUUACUCUCAGUGUUGGGGCAACCAACAAUCAAUUAUCUCCAUGUAAAUGAUGACAGGAAUGUGAUUCCAGAUAAAGCUCUUAAGCAAGUUGUUUCUGACUUAUCAAAACAGGGGAUGAUUUUUGAUGGUGUUUUUAAGGCUACAGCAAAUGGCUCUGAUGUUGAGUCUUUGAUAGAUUCUAUGUGUUUUGGAUACAAUUCAUCAAUUGAUCAGAAUAAAAAAAUUCAUAUCAUACUGGAUACAACAUUACAAGAUGUGUCUUCUGAAGCAGUGAAGUAUUUCACAAGAGCCCUGGAACUGCCAACAGUCUCUGCAUCCUGUGGGCAAGAAGGUGAUCUGCGUUACUGGAGAAACAUAGACAAAAAUCAAGAGAAAUACCUAAUACAGGUAAUGCCUCCCAUAGACACCAUUCCUGAAUUCGUUCGUAGCUUCUGUAGUGAGCAGAACCUCACUAAUGCUGGGAUUCUGUUUGAUGACACAUUCAUCAUGGACCAUAAAUAUAAAUCCUUGCUCCAGAAUGUCCCAACAAGACAUAUAAUCAAUGAAAUCAAAUUUAAAAAUAUUGGAGAACAGCUAUCAACAUUUAAGCAACGUGAAGUGUUCAAUUACUUUAUUCUUGGUAGAAUGGACACUGUUAACAAAGUGCUUGAGGCUGCUGCUGAUAUGGAGUUUUAUGGUCGCCAGUUUGGAUGGUAUGCUGUUACACAGGAUGAAGGUAAUCCAUCUUGUCAAAAAUGUGGUAAAGGAGCAUCAGUUUUGCACGUCAAACCAAAUGAUCCUGAAGGAACUGUAAUUGGGUCUGAAAAUCCUAAGCUAACUUACCAGUUUUAUUAUGAGCUGUUUCGGAAUACAUUUCUUGCUAUUGCACAAAUGAUGGGUGAAGGAAGCUGGCCAGAUAUGGAGUACAUUCCCUGUGAAGAAUAUGAAGAAAAUAAAAAUAUUCCUCCUGUGAGAAAGCUGAAUCUUUUGGACACUUUACAGCAGAUUUCAAUGCAGAAUUCAGGAGCUUAUGGUCAAAUAACAUUGUCUUCUAAUGGACAUAGCCAUAUGCAAUUUAAUAUGACAGCUCUUAAUGUGAGUUUGAGUGACAAUACUGCUACAGAAGUGGGCACAUGGGCUGCAGAUUUGGAUUCACCAUUCAUUACGAAAGUCAAACCCUCAGUGCCAGUUACGCAGUACACUGUUGUUGUGGCACUUCAACAACCAUUUGUUAUAAAAUAUCAGGAUGAAAAUGGAAGUACAAAGUUUAAAGGUUAUUGCAUUGACUUGAUCAAUGCAAUCCGCAAUAUCACUAAUUUUGAGAUUGAAAUUUAUGAAGUGGCAGAUGGUAAAUUUGGAAACAUGGAUGAAGAAGGUAGAUGGAAUGGAAUGAUCAAAGAUCUCAUAGACAAGAAAGCACACAUAGCACUAGGAGCACUGUCAGUGAUGGCAGAGCGUGAAAAUGUGGUGGAUUUUACAGUGCCUUACUACGAUCUUGUUGGCAUCACAAUACUGAUGAAAAAACCAAAAACACCAACAUCACUCUUCAAAUUUCUUACUGUUCUUGAGAAUGACGUAUGGCUGUGCAUACUUGCAGCCUACUUCUUCACCAGUUUCUUAAUGUGGGUCUUUGAUCGCUGGAGUCCCUACAGUUAUCAGAAUAAUCGUGAAAAAUAUAAAGACGAUGAAGAGAAACGAGAAUUUGAUUUAAAAGAAUGCCUUUGGUUUUGCAUGACAUCUUUAACACCACAGGGAGGAGGAGAGGCUCCAAAAAACCUUUCAGGAAGACUCGUAGCAGCUACAUGGUGGCUGUUUGGUUUUAUCAUCAUUGCUUCAUACACUGCAAACCUGGCUGCAUUUCUUACAGUGUCACGUCUAGAUACACCAGUGGAAUCACUAGAUGAUCUCUCUAAACAGUAUAAGAUUCAGUAUGCUCCUAUUGCAAACUCCUCAGCGCAUGUAUACUUUCAACGAAUGGCUGCUAUUGAAAAUCGAUUUUAUGAGAUAUGGAAGGAUAUGAGUCUGAAUGACAGCUUAAGUGAAGUUGAGAGAGCAAAGCUAGCUGUUUGGGAUUACCCAGUGAGUGAUAAAUACACAAAAAUCCUGCAAGCCAUGACUGAGGCUGGAUUUCCAGCCAACAUGGAGGAAGCAUUAGAAAGAGUAAGGGCUUCAAAAUCAUCAAGUGAAGGGUUUGCUUUCAUAGGUGAUGCAACUGAUAUACGCUAUCAGGUUUUGACAAAUUGUGACCUGCAGAUGGUUGGUGAGGAAUUUUCACGCAAACCUUAUGCCAUAGCUGUGCAACAAGGUUCUCCUCUGAAAGACCAGUUUAAUAAUGCAAUUUUGCAACUGCUAAACAAGAGAAAGCUUGAGAAACUGAAGGAACAAUGGUGGAAUCAGAAUCCAGAAAAGAGGAAUGACUGUGAGAAACAAGAUGAUCAAUCUGAUGGGAUUAGUAUACAAAAUAUUGGUGGUGUAUUCAUUGUGAUUUUUGUGGGAAUUGGGCUUGCAUGUAUCACUCUGGCGUUUGAAUACUGGUGGUACAAACUGAGACCACAGCACAAUGCCAUUGUUGAAGCAGCUCCGCAUAGAACAAAAUCGGAUUCACUGCAAGCACUUAAUAUGAUGCGAAGCAGUUUCGACAAACGAUAUGGGCGGCGUCAAGGUGUUGCAUUGGCAGGAGUUACAAAUCCAUGGUAGUGGACUCUGAUGCAGAUACAUAUUGAUUGAUUCAGACAACUGACCAGAAAGCAUGAGAACCAACUUUGUCUAGGCUGCAUCAUGGACUCAGACACAGCCACAGAAGAUCAUGCUGGAUUGGACCUAAGUGUGAGCCCAUCACUGCAGACCAUUCACUCCCAACUCCACAACAUUGGUUGCAGCUGGUAUCAUCUAGACAGUGCUUCAAAAUGCUGGAAUUGCUUUUACACUACAGACUCUUGCUGAUAUUACUUAUUUCAGAUGCACUGUAUUGUUCUUUACAAUUUUUGAACUUGAUUGGACAGUACUUUGAAAAUUAAGUUAAUUUCUUGAUUACAACUCAUCAUCAUCUGACAUUUAUAUUGUUGAAUGUAUAUAUGUGCUUGUAUUUCCUAUGCUUCGCACAAAUCAUGUUGGGUGAAGGGCACUCAACGUGCUUUCAUUAGAUCCCAGUCUAAGUUAAUAUAGAGUGAAUAUAUAAAAAACUGGUCAAAAGUAACACUAGGAUUACAAACUAGUAAAAUGCUAUAAAGGAAAAA